AUGGCGGUGUCCGAGGAAGACGAUCUUCCUCCCCCCUUGGAGGCCACCCGCAGGCGAGCUCCCACGCACGCCGAGAAGCAGGAGAAGGGCGACGCAGCGCCUGAAGACCUUCAGGAGAAGAAUGACGUGGCCGAGACCCUGAUGCAAAAGGCACUGGCCGCCCGGGAGCAGAAGAAGAAGGAGACGGAGGAGGCCCGGAAGAAGACAGACCAGGGCUUUGGAGGCGGCCUGAAGAAGGGCUUCCUGGGCGGCGCAAAGGCUCCAAAGAAGAAGGCCGAGAAGACGGAGACCAAGCAGGCCUCCACCAACAGCGACAGCAAGAAGGAGCCAAGCCAGGAGGUGCCCUUCAUCGCGGGCGCUGGAUCUGCGCAGGAAGCCAAGCGAAUGAGCUUGCAAAUGCCGGAGGUGCAGCAGGCCAUGCAGGGUAUGUCCCGGCUGAAGGAGGACCAGUCAUGGAUCACUCCGCAGCUGAUGGCGGCCAUGCAGUCGCGCCCUGACUUGCUGAAGGCGCUGUCGGAUCCGAAGAUCCAGGAGGCGAUGGCCCUGAUGCAGACUGCCCCGGAUGAGGCCAAGCGCAGGUAUGCCAAUGACGCUGAGGUCACCAAGUUCAUGCAGGACUUCAGCUCUCUCAUGGCCACUCAUUUCGACGUGUUGAGUAAGGAGGCCCCAAGUCCUGGCAAGCCCCAAGCUGGCUACGCCGCAAAGGCGCCCUCGGUUCCUGCAAAGGCAAGCCCAGCACAGGCAAGCCCAGCACAGGCUUCACCUCUCGAUGACCCGAAGGUCGCGAAGGCCUUCCAGGAUCCUGAGGUGCAGCAAUUGAUCUCCGAGCUCUAUGCUGGAAAGCCUCUCGAGAUGCACGCCUGGGUGCCCAGAGCAACCUGA